AGCUUAGUGACCAACAUGAGCCUCCUCAACAAGCCCAAGAGUGAGAUGACCCCGGAGGAGCUGCAGAAGCCAAAGGAGGAGGAAUUUCACAUGGGUCCACUCUCUGUGCUCACUCAGUCCGUCAAAAACACCCAAGUGCUCAUCAACUGCCGCAACAAUAAGAAACUCCUGGGCCGCGUGAAGGCCUUUGAUAGGCACUGCAACAUGGUGCUGGAGAACGUGAAGGAGAUGUGGACUGAGGUACCCAAGAGCGGCAAGGGCAAGAAGAAGUCCAAGCCAGUCAACAAAGACCGCUACAUCGCCAAAAUGUUCCUGCGCGGGGACUCAGUCAUUGUGGUCCUGCGGAACCCGCUCAUCACCGGCAAGUAGGAG